UAUUCUCCAGUUAGCCAUGAAAGGAAUGGAUAUUUUCUGUGCAUCUCCAGCUUCAACAGCCAUUUGCUUUAGCCAGGACCAACGUGCUAUGGUCCGCCAAGGCCCCGGGCCCCUUGACCAUCGUCAUCACUAUCAUCUUCGUGAUCGCGAUCAACUGAAAAACCAACCUCAUCAUCAAACUCACCAUGCCCCUUGCUCAUCUCAGUUACCUAUCGAUCCCAAACCGUUUUACGAAAAAUGUAGAAAGAGUUUUUCUAGUGCACAAAGUCAGCCACGCAGAAAAAGCUCUGCUGACAUACGUGACUCAACAAGGACUAACAGUACCAACGGCUCUUCUUCUUCUCGGUUUCUCUUAAGUGACUCGCCCUUCAUCGACUGGAUACCGAAGCCCGAUCAUAAGAAUCUCUCGGCUGCGUUUGUUCCUCCUCAAGUACCCUCUAAGCCUGGAGGCUUGAUGAGCUCAAAUGGUCAUUCUAAUACUGAUUUGAAGUCUUCUUCUACUCGUUUUCGUCACCAGGUUGUUGCUUUGAGGGUCUCAAUGCACUGCAAGGGUUGUGAAGGACAAGUGAGAAAGCACCUCUCUAAAAUGGAAGGAGUCACUUCAUUUAGCAUAGAUUUCCCGACAAAGAAAGUCACGGUGAUGGGGGACGUGACCCCAUCGGCUGUGCUCUCAAGCGUAUCCAAGGUGAAGAAAGCCCAGCUCUGGCCUUCUCCAACAUCAUCAUCACCCUCAUCACCAUCGGUGGUCAGCAUGAACCACUCAUGAACCCUAAAUUAAUUAAAUUACCAGGGAAAGCAUGCAUUGCACAUAUUGUCAGAGAAUUAAAGUUACUGAAUUAAACCUACCAGUGUCAAACCUUUAUAUCCGAUCACUCGGAACAAAUUAGUUAUACCACGCUAUCGUUUUCCAUGCACAUAUUUUUGAGAAAUCACACAAGUUAUACAACACCAUCGUAUAUUCAGGUAUCACGUAAUAUUUCCCAUCAAUUGACUUCCGGGAACAUAUAUUUGACAUUUGAGCAUCCUACGCAUUUGAUGCGGUAGUAGGUAGCAAGUGUGGCAAAAUAUAUAACAACAACGUGAAACAUACAAACAAGAGUGCGUCCUGACAAUGUUCAGAAAAAGAGAAAUGCAUGCGUUGUCAAUGUGGUCGGCACUCAAGGACAUCUUAUUGCUUGGGACAAGAAGCACUUUUCCUUUCUUCUUUCUCCUUUCUUCUCCUAUCCUCUGGAUUGUACCAUAAGUAACGGUAAGUGGUCAAAUAAAUGGUCAGUAUUUGUAUGCUAGUAAUGAAUCUUAGCUCUCUAACAAGAUUUUCAUAAUUUAAAGCCACCACUUGUUUCCGAUCACUCAAUACUACUGUCUGGUGAUAUUUCUCUUCAUUUGUACGUAAGAGGUCUUAGGUUCGAAUCUUGUGGAUGACGAAUUCAAUACCAAAUUAGGUUGCCCA